AUGACCCCGCGGGCCCUGGCGCCUUGGCUGCCGGCGGCCCUGCUGCUCCUCUGUGUCCCAGGCUGUCUGUCGCUGAGCGGCCCCAGCCGCGUGACGGGCACCGUCGGGGGAUCCCUGAGCGUGCAGUGUCAGUACGAGGCGGAGUUCACUGAACAUAAGAAAUACUGGUGCAAAGGCCUAUGUCCGACACUGCUGAAGAAGAUUGUGGAGACCACAAAGUCAGGGAGAGAAGUGAGGAGGGGCCGUGUGUCCAUCAGGGACGAUCCAGCAAACCUCACCUUCACCGUGACCUUGGAGAACCUCGAAAAGGGUGAUGAAGGCACAUACUGGUGUGGGAUCGAUAGACCAUGGCGAGAAAUAGGUUGGGACGUCACCUUCAAGGUUCUGGUGUCUGUGAUCCCAGGCUGUCUGUCGCUGAGCGGCCCCAGCCGCGUGACGGGCACCGUCGGGGGAUCCCUGAGCGUGCAGUGUCAGUACGAGGCGGAGUUCACUGAACAUAAGAAAUACUGGUGCAAAGGCCUAUGUCCGACACUGCUGAAGAAGAUUGUGGAGACCACAAAGUCAGGGAGAGAAGUGAGGAGGGGCCGUGUGUCCAUCAGGGACGAUCCAGCAAACCUCACCUUCACCGUGACCUUGGAGAACCUCGAAAAGGGUGAUGAAGGCACAUACUGGUGUGGGAUCGAUAGACCAUGGCGAGAAAUAGGUUGGGACGUCACCUUCAAGGUUCUGGUGUCUGUGAUCCCAGCUUGGGCCACAGCGAAUGUCACCCACAUCACCGACAUCACCCAUAUCACCCACAGCGCCAACAUCCAGGAUGACUUCCAGGCGAGCCCAGGCUCCGGGCUCCACUUGCUGCUUACCUUGCUAGUCCUUCUGCUGCUUCUCUUGGGGGGGACCUCCCUGCUGGCCUGGAGGAUGGUCCGGAGGCGGAACAAAGCUGGUGGGUAUUCGGAGCCACCCCAGAACCCCAGCGAGCAGAGUGAGCCCUGCUAUGCCAACCUGGAGCUGCAGACGUGGCCCGCUCAGGGAGAGACGGUGCAACCGUGGCAGGCGGAGGUGGAAUACAGCAUGGUGCAGGCGCCUAGGGAAGACCUGCACUACACCACGGUGGCCUUCAAUGCCCAGAAUCAGCAUGCUGAGGACAAGAGCCCCUCCCGGAGGCCCCCGCAGCAGGAGCCAGAGUACAGCGUGAUCAAGAGGACAUAA